AUGGCUUCAGAGCCGCCUAAUGUUGCUGCUGAAAAGCCUGAAUCACCUCCCCAGGCACUUUCUCUCAGUCGACAUGCAUCCGCCGAAAGCGAUGAUACCCACACCGACCCAGAUGAGAAGUUUGCCCUUGGACGAAAGGGUAUACUGGUGGUGUUCACUCUCUGUGUGUUGACUCUCAUGGCCGCACUCGAUGGGACUUCUAUUUCAGUCGCACUACCGAUCAUGGCCGAAGAACUCAACGGCACCGCCAUCGAAGCCUUCUGGGCAGGGACUUCAUUCCUGCUUUGCUCCACAGUUUUCCAACCCAGUUUUGCGUCCUUCUCGAAUAUCUUCGGUCGCCGUCCGGCGGUGUUGACUUCCAUUUUAUUCUUCUGCGUUGGUGCUAUUGUUUCCGCCGUUGCAAAUAACUUCACGCAGAUGCUGGUAGGUCGAGCGAUUCAGGGCAUUGGUGGAGGUGGUGUGAUCGCUUUGACCGAGGUCAUCAUUACAGACCUUGUUCCCCUACGAUACCGGGGACAGUAUUUUGGAAUAUUUAGUGCAAUGUGGAGUAUCGGAUCCGUGACAGGACCUAUCCUCGGUGGUGGAUUCGCUCAGAAUGUCACUUGGCGGUGGAUAUUUUAUAUCAACUUCCCAUUCAUCGGGGUGGGGACCGUAUUCGUCGUUUUAUUCUUAACUCUGAAGCUAGCCCCGAGCUCCCUUCUCGACAAGCUCCGUCGCAUCGAUUACACUGGCACCAUCCUAUUCGUCGCUAGUCUCUCUUCAUUCUUGAUCCCGCUCACAUGGGGCGGUGUUUCCUACGACUGGGAUUCUUGGCACACACUCGUUCCUUUGCUGGUCGGCGUCGCUGGACUGGCCGCUUUCAUAUUCUACGAGUACCGCUAUGCCGUCGAACCGAUUAUCCCGCCGGCCAUUUUUGUCAAUCGAACUGCAAGUGUCUCAUUCCUGGGAAGCGUUCUUCAAGGCUUGAUCAUGUGGUGCACGCUGUACUACCUGCCGCUUUAUUACGAAGCCGUCAGGGAAUACUCGCCUAUCCUCUCCGGCGUGGCCCUUUUCCCACAAACAUUCACGGUUGCCCCGUCCGCAAUUGUCAUCGGUAUUUUGAUCACAGUUACCGGUAAAUAUCGCUGGGCUGUGUGGAUGGGAUGGGUUCUCUCCACCAUUGGACUGGGUCUGAUGUGCAUCAUCAAGAAAGAUACCAGUGUAGUCGGGUGGGUUUUCCUUAACAUUGUCCCUGGACUGGGUCUGGGAUCCCUGUUCCCUUCCCUCGGAUACGCAGUUCAAGCAUCAGCAGAUCCCCGCAAUCUUUCUAUUGCAGUUGCUAUGUUCAGCUUCUUCCGUGCCUUGGGACAGGCCAUCGGCGUUGCGGUUGGAGGUGUGGUCUUCCAGAACCAGAUGCACAAGAACCUGCUCAAGUAUGAUGCCUUGGCUCCCAUGGCUAGCGCAUAUAGCAAAGAUGCUGCCGGGCUUGUUCAGGUUAUCAAGGACAUGCCAGAUGGCAUCAACAAGAUCAACCUCAAGGAUGCAUACACAGAUAGUCUGCGGAUUGUGUGGAUUGUCUGCUGCGCUAUCUCUGCUGUAGCUUUGGUAUCCAGUUUGUUCACCGAGGAAUACGACCUUGACCGUGCACUUGAGACCGAACAGGGGCUGGACAAGAAGGCUCGUUUGGAGUCGGAGAAGGAUUUGGAACUGAACGCUGACAGGACAGUCAACCAGGGUGCACCCAUGGCAUCGUAA